GUUAACUAUAAGAUUAAACUAAUCUCUAAAGAUAAUAGGAAGCUGCUAGAAGUCCCGUAUAGAUCUCUCUAUAAUAUAUCUAGAGAUAAACUUCUAGUACUAUGUAAGAUACUAUAUAAGUUACUUAAGAAAGGGUUUAUCUGCGUAAGUAACUUCUUUACCGCGUUACUAGUUCUUUUUAUAUAG